AUGAGGAACCUGUCUGCUCUGCUGUUUGUGCUGCUGCUCUGUUCUCUCCAGCUGGUCUCUAGUGAUCAUCCUAAGACUAAGUGUGAGCAGGAGAGGGACAAUGUGACGGUCAAACACAUGAUGGGAGCCUUCAUCCCUCAGUGUGAUGAGGAGGGUCACUACAGGCCUCUACAGUGCCACCCCUCCACAGGAUACUGCUGGUGUGUGAACAGUACAGGGCAGAAGAUAGAAGGAACCAACACCCCACCUGGUACCAAAACUCCCAACUGUGAAGCUCCAGAUCAUCCUAAGACUAAGUGUGAGCAGGAGAGGGACAAUGUGACGGUCAAACACAUGAUAGGAGCCUUCAUCCCUCAGUGUGAUGAGGAGGGUCACUACAGGCCUCUACAGUGCCACCCCUCCACAGGAUACUGCUGGUGUGUGAACAGUACAGGGCAGAAGAUAGAAGGAACCAACACCCCACCUGGUACCAAAACUCCCAACUGUGAAGCUCCAGAUCAUCCUAAGACUAAGUGUGAGCAGGAGAGGGACAAUGUGACGGUCAAACACAUGAUGGGAGCCUUCAUCCCUCAGUGUGAUGAGGAGGGUCACUACAGGCCUCUACAGUGCCACCCCUCCACAGGAUACUGCUGGUGUGUAAACAGUACGGGGCAGAAGAUAGAAGGCACCAUCAGCCCACCUGGUACCCCAACACCCGACUAUGAAUCUGAAGAUCAUCCUAAGACUAAGUGUGAGCAGGAUAGGGACAAUGUGACGGUCAAACACAUGAUAGGAGCCUUCAUCCCUCAGUGUGAUGAGGAGGGUCACUACAGGCCUCUACAGUGCCACCCCUCCACAGGAUACUGCUGGUGUGUGAACAGUACAGGGCAGAAGAUAGAAGGAACCAACACCCCACCUGGUACCAAAACUCCCAACUGUGAAGCUCCAGAUCAUCCUAAGACUAAGUGUGAGCAGGAGAGGGACAAUGUGACGGUCAAACACAUGAUAGGAGCCUUCAUCCCUCAGUGUGAUGAGGAGGGUCACUACAGGCCUCUACAGUGCCACCCCUCCACAGGAUACUGCUGGUGUGUGAACAGUACAGGGCAGAAGAUAGAAGGAACCAACACCCCACCUGGUACCAAAACUCCCAACUGUGAAGCUCCAGAUCAUCCUAAGACUAAGUGUGAGCAGGAGAGGGACAAUGUGACGGUCAAACACAUGAUAGGAGCCUUCAUCCCUCAGUGUGAUGAGGAGGGUCACUACAGGCCUCUACAGUGCCACCCCUCCACAGGAUACUGCUGGUGUGUGAACAGUACAGGGCAGAAGAUAGAAGGAACCAACACCCCACCUGGUACCAAAACUCCCAACUGUGAAGCUCCAGCCCCAUCAGAACGUCGUAAGACUAAGUGUGAGCAGGAGAGGGACAAUGUGACGGUCAAACACAUGAUAGGAGCCUUCAUCCCUCAGUGUGAUGAGGAGGGUCACUACAGGCCUCUACAGUGCCACCCCUCCACAGGAUACUGCUGGUGUGUGGACUGUAUGGGGCGGGAGAUAGCAGGCACCAACACCCCACCUGGUACCAAAACUCCCAACUGUAAAGCUGCAGCCCCAUCAGAACGUCGUAAGACUAAGUGUGAGCAGGAGAGGGACAAUGUGACGGUCAAACACAUGAUAGGAGCCUUCAUCCCUCAGUGUGAUGAGGAGGGUCACUACAGGCCUCUACAGUGCCACCCCUCCACAGGAUACUGCUGGUGUGUGGACUGUAUGGGGCGGGAGAUAGCAGGCACCAACACCCCACCUGGUACCAAAACUCCCAACUGUAAAGCUGCAGGUUGGCUUCCUCCGGAUUCCCCUCCUCCAGGUGUGUUGCGGAUUCACCCGUGUUUGGAUCUGUCCAGGGCCUCACCUCCAUGCUCUGCAGAUUCUUUUAUGUGUUAA